UACAAGCAAUUUCACUGUUUCUUAAAUUUAUAGCACAAGCUUGAAGAUAUUUGAUAUGCAAAAUGCUAUUGAAACACAUACUCUUUUAUUAAAAUAAAUUUGUUUUUUUUUAAAUUUUAACAUUAAAUAAUCCAUUUGUGCUUUUGUCGUCAUUAAUUUAAAUAAAUGAUAAUUAAUUUAAAUGAGAUUCUCUUAGAAUGAGUUUUGGUAUGUUCUGCAGGUAACUUCUUUUGAGUCAUACUGUGGUGGACUUCCUGCACCCGAGAAUUCCGACAAUCCUCUCAGAUACAAAUUUAGCUGGAAUCCAAAAGGUGUUCUGAUGAACACACUGUCAUUGGCAAGAUAUAUUAAAGACGACCAGUUAGUAGAGAUUUCUGCCGGCGGUGCACUGAUGGAUUCUGUUAAAGACAUAAACUUUUUGCCGGGAUUCAACCUGGAAGGUUUUCCAAACAGAGAUUCGACAGUUUAUAAAGAUAUAUAUGGUAUUAAUAACGCUCACACAGUCCUGAGGGGAACUCUUCGAUAUAGGGGAUAUUGUGAGGUAAUCAAAGGACUUCUAAAAAUAGGAUUAAUAAAUAAUGAGCCCCAUCCCUGCCUGCAUCCCAGAGGUCCUGAAAUUACGUGGAAACAAUUCAUGUGUACUCUGCUCGGUCAGCAAGAUAACAUUCUCACUUCAAAUCUGAAAAACCUUCUGUUCGAACAAUUGAAUAAAUCUGAGUACCAAGUGGAAGCCAUAGAAAAAUUAGGUCUCUUGGAAGAAGAACCAUUGGUAAAAUUAUCGACUCCUUUGGAUACAUUGACGCAUUUCUUAAGCAAUAAACUUGCUUAUCAACCCAACGAAAGAGAUUGUAUUAUCUUGAGGCACAAUGUAGAAAUCCAGUGGCCAGAUAGUAAAAAGGAACUGAGACAGAUCAACCUCGUCGUGUAUGGAGACGUCGGCGGAUAUUCGGCCAUGGCAAAAACUGUUGGUUAUCCCACCGCCAUAGCAACCAAAAUGGUGUUGGAAGGAGAAAUUCAAAAGAAAGGAAUGCAAGUGCCCAUGACACAAGACAUAUACAAACCCAUGUUAAGAAGGCUAAAACAGGAAGGUAUUGUAGCUGUUGAAAAAACACUUAAAUUGUAAAUUUCGAAUUACAUCGGCGUCGAUAAAAAUCAAUCUUUAUGAAAGCCCUCUUUUGAAUGUCAAAAAUUACCACAGCCCCGACAAUAUUGCCAGUGACAAUUGGAUAUUUUUGUAUAUACAACUGGAAUAAUGAUUGUGACUUCAGAAUAAAAUUCUUUUUAUUACUAAUAUGGUUAUGUAAAUAGCAUUUAGUUUGUUGCAAUAAAUUUUGAUUUGCAGAAAGAAACACUUUGAAAAAUAACUUUUAA